AACGACAACAAAGUUGCCAACAAUCUUGACGACCAAGUGGUCAGACAUCAGGUCAAGUACUUGGGUCUCAUCGAGAAUUUAAGGGUCAGGAGAGCCGGCUUCGCGUACCGGCGCCCGUACGAGGCGUUCCUUCAUCGCUAUAAGAGCCUAUGCCCGCAGACUUGGCCCCACUUUAACGGAAGCGCCAAAGAAGGCGUUCAGGUAUUAGUGAAUUACUUGGGCUUCGAAUCGGAUGACUACCGGAUGGGAGAAACAAAACUAUUCAUACGAUUGCCACGAACUCUAUUCGAUACGGAGGACGCAUUCCAGCAGAAGAAACACGAUUUGGCGGCAAUUAUUCAAUGUCGGGUCAAAGGGAGACAACAGAGAAAGAGGUACUUAGAGAUGAGAAGCGCCGUUACCCUCAUUGCUAGCUAUUGGCGCCGAUUCCUCGCCAUUAAACUGUUGGCCAAACGACGAGUGGCCGCCCAUAUGAUCCGGACAUUCAUUAAGGGGUUUAUCACUCGUAAUGAACCCGAAAAUGAUUGCAACCGAGCGUUUGUGAAGAAUGUAAGGGCGGAAUGGCUCAAAAGACUGGCCAAACAAUUGCCAAAAAAUGUUCUGGAUAAAUCGUGGCUCAUAUCACCGAAAUGUUGCCAAGAAGCGUCGGAAUUACUAAAACCAGUGCACCAGAGAUGCCUCGUCAGGAAAUACGUGCGAAGUAUUAAUCCCGAGAGGAAGCGACUGAUGGACGAGAAAGUUGUGGCGGAAAAGCUGUUCCGCAAUAAGAAAGCCAGUUAUGGCGCGAGUCUUCCCAAUAUGUUUAAAGAGAAUCGACUGAAUAAUGAAUUGGAAACACUUCGCAGGAGUAUAUUCGAGACUAAGUUUAAAAGAGGUGAUGAAAAGACUAUUUAUUGCCUACAAGUUGUCAAAUAUGAUCGACACGGAUAUAAACAGAGACCCAGAAUAUUAUUGCUGACAAAUAGUGCCAUUUAUUUGCUCAAUGAGAAAGACAUGAAACCCAAACACCGGUUGCCUUAUAAGAGCAUCAGUGAAGUGACGACCAGUGCUCUAAGCGAUGGACUUCUUGUUAUCAAAAUCCCUUCGGAUCUAAAACAAGACAAAGGCGAUUUGAUUCUGGACUGUAAGGCGCACCUGAUUGAAGUGGUCACCAAAAUCAUGAUAAUGAUUAAAGACAACGACUACGAUAAGCUUAAUAUUGUGGGCACCGGAAGUAUAAGCCAUGCGUGUAUCGAUGGGAAAGUGGGUCAAAUAUCGUUCACCCAGGGACAUUUUAAUGGUAUACUCAAGCGAAAGGAUGGCAUAUUAGAAGUGGUCAGUAACAUCGGUUUCCGCGUAAGAGAGAAGCGUUGAGAAGUAUUUCUAGUCUGAAGAGUAUAUGGAGAAGAAAAGAUUGGCCACACAUUUGUGCCAAACAAUUGCCACUAAUUUCUUAUUUUAAUUACAAAGACUGAG